GGGAAGGAGAGAGCUUUCUGUACUGAGGACAAUGGCCAGACUCCGCUUCCUGCUGUUCCUCUCUGUGGCCACCAGAGGGUGCAGUUCAGUGGUCUCUUCUCUUGAGAUGCUUCAGGAGAGCAAAACCUGUGCUUCUUCUCUUUCAUCCCUGCCUAGAAGCUGCAAAGAAAUCAAAGAAAGAUGCCACCAAGCAAGUGAUGGCCUGUAUUUCCUCUGCACGAAGAACGGCAUCAUCUACCAGACCUUCUGUGACAUGACCACUGGGGGUGGCGGUUGGACCCUGGUGGCCAGUGUGCACGAGAACAACAUGCAUGGGAAGUGUACAGUGGGCGAUCGCUGGUCCAGUCAGCAGGGCAAUACAGUGAACUACCCAGAGGGAGACGGCAAUUGGGCCAAUUACAACACCUUCGGGUCUGCAGAGGCGGCCACAAGUGAUGACUACAAGAACCCUGGCUACUAUGACAUUCAGGCCCUGGACCUGGGCAUCUGGCAUGUGCCCAACAAGUCCCCACUGAACCUUUGGAGGAACAGUUCGCUGCUGAGAUACCGCACCAACACUGGCUUCUUCCAGACUGGGCAUAAUCUGUUUGGCCUGUACCAGAGAUACCCAGUGAAAUACGGAUUAGGGAAGUGCUGGGCUGACAAUGGUCCGGUGAUACCUGUGGUCUAUGACUUUGGUGAUGCCCAGAAAGCAGCUUCUUAUUACUCACCGCUUGGUCAGAGAGAAUUUGUUGCAGGAUUCAUCCAGUUCAGGGUGUUUAACAAUGAGAGAGCAGCCCACGCCUUGUGUCCUGGGAUGAGAGUCAUUGGCUGCAACACUGAGCUUCACUGCAUUGGUGGAGGAGGAUUCUUCCCGGAGGCCAAUCCCAGGCAGUGUGGGGACUUCUCCGCCUACGACUUCAGUGGAUAUGGAACGCACACUGGUUACAGCUGCAGCCGGGAGAUAACUGAGGCAGCUGUGCUCUUGUUCUAUAGAUGAGAGCUUGCCAGUGUGCAACCCUGAACCCAGCUCCCAACCCUGGAUGCUGGGAGGGAGAAAACCUGGAAUGCUAAC